AUGCCACUAGUUUCAUUGUUAUCACCCUCGUUACCAAAAUCCGGGACUAAAGAUGCGGUGACUCCACCUGCAAGUGGAUCCAAUAAAUACUCGUUGUGGAAAAUUUUCAAACAACUGGUAUCCACCAUCAUAGUCCCAGCUACAGAUGUAGAAAACAAUGCAAAGUCUCCUAGCACCCCAUCUAACGUCGACUUGACCAAGGAAAACCGCAAAUCAAGCUGCAGUACUGAAUCAUCCUCGCCUAGCACCGUUAGCACACAUGUGAAGCAAUCCUUGUUUCCUGCCAAGCCAAAUAUCGAUGAAAACCUUACACUAGGUGAAUCAACUUUAUCGAACUCUGCUGUGGUGCCCUGUUCCUUAGAUAUCUCAAAUACGCCAAUGUCACUUUCUUUAGAUCCACAAGGCGUAAUAACAUGCAAUUUGAACAACAAUAACAACAAUAAUAAUAUUCUUCCACUCUCCCCAGAAAGUAACAACUCUCCUCCGCAACUAAAGGAUUCUCAAACCCCCACUAAAGAAGAAGACGAGGAGACAGAUGAUGGUCCUUUCAUAUGUCAUUAUUGCGAUGCCAAAUUUAGAAUCAGAGGAUAUCUAACCCGUCAUAUAAAGAAGCACGCUGUUGAAAAGGCAUAUCAUUGCCCAUUCUUCAAUAGCGAUAUUCUAUCGGAAUCUCGUUGCCAUAAUACGGGAGGAUUUAGUAGAAGAGACACUUAUAAGACUCAUUUGAAGGCUAGACAUUUUGUUUAUCCUAAGGGUAUGAAACCACAGGAUAGAGCUAAAUCAUCUGGUCAUUGUUCUCAAUGUGGACAAUCCUUUACCACUGCUGAUGAUUGGAUUAAGAAUCAUAUUGAAUCUGGUGAUUGCCAUGGAUUACCAGAAGGUUAUUUACAAAAUAUUAAGACAGGAAGAAAGAAGAAGGGUAAAUUAAAGAUGAUUAAGACCUCAACGGGCCACUCAAGAUUUAUCUCCACUGCACAAAGUGUCGUGGAUCCUAAAAUCUUGACAAAUAAAGAAGCUCUAGAGGCAAUGGUCAUUGUUGCUCACGAUACGAAUAGGAAUGAUAUUCUUUCCAAAUAUGGUAAUAACAAGAUUAUGAUGAAUUCAGAAGACUUCCAGGGUCAACCCAAGUCGAAGAGGAAAUCAAAGGCAACUCACAACAAGAAGAACGCAACAACAAGUCCCAACUCUACUGGAACUUCGAUCGCUACAGAUAAUUCUCCUCUCCAUAAUCCACUUGCAGCUCAGGAUAUACAUCUACUUGAAUCCAUUCCAUCAUCAACAUCUUCCUUAUCAUCAAAUGAUAGUCUAAACUUCUCAUCAUUUAAUAACAAACCAGUUUCAACAUCGAUAUCAACAACUGAUGAACUGGAAGAUUAUAUAAUGCCAUUGGAUAUGGAACAAUGUCCUUACAACCCAAGAGAUUAUAUGGAAAAGACACCAUCUGAAUUUAAAAACAUAAAUGAUGAUUCGUUUAUAUCGGCAAACACGUUGAAUAACGAUUCCACAACGUUGAAUCCUACGCUAAUUAGUGAAACUCAUUUGAAAGAAACUAAACAAUAUUUGAAUUUCUAUAAUUAUUCCUUUGGAACAAAGCUAUGA